AUGUGUUUUUUCGAGCAACUCUUCGGAGGCGAGGCGCCUUCCUCUAAAGCUUUCUCGACUGGUACAAGUUCUGCUAGCUCUACUCCACCAGCUUUGACUGCAUACUCAAUUUCCAUCAGUUUUUAUGCGGAGGCUGGGAUUGGCGCCACAAGUUUCUCGAGAACUACUAGUAAACCGAAAUUGUUCGAUCAUACUUUUACUUUGAUUCGAGCACUGCGUAGGAAGAGACCGUAUCAUUCACCUUCUGCUCCUGAAGAGCAGCGUAGUGGAGAACCUCCAGAACCUGAACGAGGAAACCAAGGACAACACCGUCAGCAUGAAUUCGAAGAGGAGUUUUUCAUCUUUGAUGCAGGAACUUUUGGCGGCAUUCGCACAAGGGAAAUGGAAGACUCGCUUUUCCUAAGACAUAAGCUCGAUCGCGCAAAAGAUGAAGCUGAAGCGAAGAAGAUGAUGAAGUACAAUCCAAGCGCAGAACGUGAACAAGAGCGCACUGAAGAAGGUAGCAGCAGGAAGGAAAAGCCAGAGGGAAAACAAGAUGAAAACAGAGCUAAAACAAGUACACCAAUUGAUGAAAUGGAUGUCGACAUCGAGGAACGUGCUACUGCUUCUAGUACGACUAGAAUGAGUCCAGCUACGUCGACGACACAGGCUACAACACGACUUCAUGAGAAGGAGGAUAGCAAAGCCCGCGUUUCUUUGAAACUGCGUCGAUUGUCUAAGGAGGUCGGACAUGGACAACCUGUGGACAGUGACUCUUGGAACAACACGAUGAUAGCCCCGAUGGCUAGGCCUAUAGCGAUGCCAGAUUUGGAUUCAAAGAGUGAUAGGUGGAUAGCGAAAAUGCCAGCAGCUGCUAGACGCGUAAGUCGUGAAGCGUUACAGAAGCUUUUUUGUUCACCGAGGAUGUUACUUUUGUUAAGGCCGCAUGAAACAUGGCUAGUAUCGCAUCGAUAAUUUACUUCAAGAUCGUUUCUUCUAGUUCACCAACAAAACUAUCCAAGUCAAAUUGAAAUAGAAAUAAUUCGGUUCUUGAAUAUUCAGUCCGUUACUAGAACUAGCACCUUUGUUCAUUACUAUGAAGUCCUGCUAAUUAAAGUCUUCUAUGCAACCGCCCCACGAUUGGGUACACUCCUACCUUUGUUCAUUAGUACUAUGAAAAGUUGAACCCCUUCUUCUAAUCUGCUCCGACAACGCGCUCCGCAGAGUCACUUACGACCAGGAAAGCGGCGAAAUUGAAGAGCUAGAGGAUGAAACCAGCUAUCGAGAUGAGCAGAAUCGCCCCUACAGAUCUUUUAUUCCCACUGUGAAGGAUCUAGCUACCAUCGAACACGGCUCAGCGACAAAAAGAUUUGCUACUGGGUGGAAACGAUUGUUACGAAUUGAUACAGUGACUUUUUUAUCCAAUAUUUAAAAUGAAAAUUUAUGUUUGUUGGCAUGACUGGCUUGCUGUGUUUCCAAAUAUGGAAGUCAUAACUGAUUUGCUUGGUGCAGGCGCUCUGGGCAUGAUUGUGCUUCGCAUAUCACCAUUCUCUUCCUGCAUUCUCUUCCUCUAAGCCUGUGGAAUCGGGUCUUGCUGCGAGAGCUUUUACCACAAGUAACCUUGGACCAAGGUGGUCUCGCCUUUCCGUUCUUGCGAAGCGUCUAUCGAUUUCAGGUUUAUGAAAGCGACAGCAAGAACCAGAACUCCUAAAUAAAAUUGUUGGAGAAGCAUCUUCAAAGAAGAAAAGCGAAUGAUUACUACGCUAUUAUAGCAAUUGGCGAGGAAAAAUUUUCAUAUAUUACAUGUUCGAACAUGCAAUUUGCAGUAGUUGGUAAAAUACAAAUAGAGAAAAGUAUCAUUUACAUUAUCUGAUGAAGUUGAAUGUCUCCCACGAAGCUGUGGAUGAACCAAGACAUGUUACAAUAUGAAGCUGUGCCCUGGAAGAUUUCCAGGCGAUGAGGAAUAACCUAGCCGCGCAUUCGAAAUAUAAAUCUGGUUAUUUUUACAUCAUCUUCAAGUUCAAAUGCAUCUCAUGAAAGUUACGCAAAUUGCACGUACAGUAGGAGCUUGUAUUCUGCUACUUCUGGUGCUUGUCUGGAAGUAGGUUUAGACCGAUUUGAACCACUGUUCUGAUUCUUGAUUGUAUGUAGGAAAUCUAAUGAUUGAUUUUUACUAGGAGCCCAACAACCACGCUCAGAGUGGGAAUACCAAAGAGAUGAUUGAAUGAUCCACCGUGCGAACUGGAAUAUCAUAGACUACAUGAAUGAUUAUUAAACUUCUAUCAUCCAGUGCUGACUGUUUGUGUAUGAAAGAUAGAAAAUUUGACUCAUUCUGCGUCCAUCCUCACUGUCGAAAACGCCAAGAUGUGCGAACGUGAGUAACAUCAGAUGGAUGUUGUAACGCAGCUGCCAAUGAGCUACUUCUUCUUGAGCCGUAUCUUCGGCCAUCUGGGAGCCGACUGGAUAAGUCGUUAAAUGCAUACACUAAGUUUCGUUGCCGAAAAAGGUGUGUCAUUUCGCUGUCCUUGCUGUGGUAUAUGAGUAGAAAGCUUCUAAUAUCCUUGAUAUUCUGCGCCACGUUAGUCUUACUCUCGUCCCAAGUCACUUAUCCUCGUUUUAUAAUAAAAGGGUUGAAGGAAAGACCUACUUAGCUUAAAUGAGCUGAUCACUCAUCCGCAUCCCCUCACCCAAAAACAGGAAUAAGUGUACUAGCUCUGCAGGCAGGCAAAGUAGUUGACACGCUGGAAGCAU